UCACUCAUUCUUUCAAAUCAGAAGAGAAACAACUGCGACUUGCUACCAGUUGAGAACUAACUUACGGACUAUAUUGGAUCAAAAUCUCGAACAAAGGAGCGAAGUUUAUCGCUGUAUGUAUUCAGAGCUAUCGUUGUUCUCUACUAUGGUCAUCAUGGAAGUGUCCACCAUCGACUCGGCCUCGCUUCGGGACCUGCUGGAGGGCGAUGAUGACCCGGACUGUCUGGUUCUGGACUGCCGCUCGUUCUUCUCCUUCAGCUCGUCUCAUAUCUCGGGCUCCAGUAACGUGCGCUUCAGCACUAUAGUGCGCCGGAGAGCCCGAGGGGGGCUGGGGCUCGAGCACAUCGUGCCCAACGAGGACACCAGGAGCCGGCUUCUGUCCGGGGAAUACCAGAGCGUCGUGUUCCUGGACGACCGCAGUGUGGAGAUGGGAGAAGUGAAGAAAGACGGGACUUUAAUGCUCGCUGUGAACGCGCUCUGUCGCAAUCCAUGUGGAGCAAGUGUAUUCCUCCUUAAAGGUGGAUUCGAAACGUUUUCCUCUGAGUUUCCUGAAAUGUGUACGAAGCCAGCCCCCCCCCAAGGCUUGAGUUUACCCCUGAGCUCCAGCUGCUGUCCCAACACCGCAGAUUCCUCCUGCACGACCCCUCUGUACGACCAGGGUGGCCCUGUGGAAAUUUUGCCAUUCCUAUAUUUAGGCAGUGCUUAUCACGCCUCCAGAAAAGACAUGCUGGACAUGUUGGGAAUCACGGCCCUCAUCAACGUCUCUUCAAACUGCCCCAACCACUUUGAAGACCACUAUCAGUACAAGAGUAUCCCUGUUGAGGACAACCACAAAGCCAACAUCAGCUCCUGGUUCAAUGAGGCCAUCGAAUUUAUCGAUUCGGUGCGUAAUAAAGGCGGGCGCGUGUUCGUGCACUGCCAGGCGGGCAUCUCCCGCUCCGCCACCAUCUGCCUGGCGUAUCUGAUGCGCACCAACCGCGUGCGGCUGGAGGAGGCCUUCGAGUUCGUCAAGCAGCGGCGCAGCAUCAUCUCGCCCAACUUCAGCUUCAUGGGGCAGCUGCUGCAGUUCGAGUCGCAGGUGCUAGCGUCUUCCAGCUGCUCCGCGGCCGCGGGGAGUCCCGUCAUCGGCAAGAGCAACACCGUGUUCAACUUCCCCGUGCACGCGGCGGCCAGUCCUCUCUCGUUCCUGCAGAGCCCCAUCACGACCUCGCCCUCCUGCUGAGGCCAUCUCUCCAGUAUUACGGCUCAGGAACGCUAGCGCUAGUUGAAGAUUCGUAUUUUAAUACAAUGGACUUACAAAACUUUUUACAUUUUUUUUUUUUUUACGUGACUGGAACCAAGUGUUCUGUCUUUUAAUCGUUUGUGUGUCUUCAUGAUAAUCAUCAGGACUGUCGGCAUUGGAGGAAGCCCCAUGUCUUGCUCAGGGAUGCGUUGAUGUCGUUACUCUUCUUGUUUAUUUCGAGUGUGUUCUGAGGAGAUGGGAAGAAGUCACUGACUUGAAGGUGCUAAUCGUAACGAGUACUUCUUCCUGUUUUUGAACAAUGAAUGUAGUCUACGCGCGUGUGUGUGUGUGUGUGUGUGUGGGCUCGGUUCCUCUCGAGCCUGUCCAGGAUGCACGCGGACUCGACGUCUGGUUGGUUCGAGUGAACAGAAAUACCUCAUGUGUCUGUACUGUUAUCAGUCUGCUGAGAGUCCUCCCACAAGCACUACUAACAGGAACGACUCUUACAGGCUGUUUUAAUAUGUGUGACUAUUUAUUGACUAAAUUAAUAUAUUUCUUAUGCUA